GCGGCAGUACCGGCGUGCGGGGCCAUGGCGGAGGAGGAGGCGGCGGCGGCAGGGAGCGGCAGCGAGAGCGAGGAGGGGGAGGAUGGCGAGCGGCGGCACCGGCAGCUCCUGGAGGCCAUCAGCGCCUUGUCCGGACGGAAGCGGCGGAAGCUGGCGGAGCGCUCGGAGGCCAGCGGGCAGGUGUCUGAGUUCAAUGUCACCUGCAAAGGUGCUGGGGAAAAGCUGGUUCUGUCGGAGCUGCUGCAGCCCAUUCACCCCAAAUCCACGCUGGGCAGCGUGAGGAAGGAGCUGGCCAGAGUGAAGCGGAAGGCGGCGGUGGAGCUGCCACUGAGCAAAGAGGAGGCCAAGAGGGUGGUGAGGGAGGCUGCCUACGUGACCACGUCGAAGGAUGUGGGGAAGUGGCAGCAGGUGGUGCUGCAGAACCGGCGCGCCGAGCAGCUGGUGUUCCCCCUACGGCAGGACAUCGCCACCGUGGCCCCUCUGGAGAGAGUCACCUCGGCGUGGAAGGCCCGAACUCCACUGGAGCAGGAGAUCUUUGGAUUGCUCCACAAGACACAGCAGCCCGUCACAGACCCGCUGCUGACACCAGAGGAGAUGGCCUCAGUGCAGGCCAUGAGCUUGGAGGAGGCGCGGCGCCGGCGGGCAGAGCUGCAGAAGGCCCGGGCAGUGCAGUCCUACUAUGAGGCCAAGGCUCGGCGAGCGAAGCGGAUCAAGAGCAAGAAGUACCACCGCGUGCUCAAGAAGAGCCGGCGGCGCCAGGCCCUGAAGGAGUUUGAGCAGCUGCACAAAUCUGACCCUGCGGCCGCCUUGGCACGGCUGGAGGAGCUGGAGCAGCUCAGGAUGCAGGAGCGGAUGAGCCUUAAGCACCAGAACAAGGGGAAAUGGGCCCGAUCCAGGGCCAUUAUGGCUAAGUAUGACCUCGAGGCCCGCAAGGCCAUGCAGGAGCAGCUGGCCAGGAACAAGGAGCUGAUGCAGAAGGUGCGGGUGGAGCCGCCCCCGGAGGAGCUGUGUGAGGUGCCCGAGGAGGACACCACGGCCGUGCCCACGCCCAGCGGGGCUAAUCCCUGGAUGCUGGGCAAGCCCAGUGGCCUGGCCCCGGAGCCUGAGGCACAGGAGGGUCCAAGAGAGGACACAGUGCCUGGUGCUGUGGAGAACAAGGACGAGAUGGAGGAGGAGGAAGAGGAGCUGUCAGAGGAAGAAGCUCUGCUGCAAGACUUUGAGCAGAAGCGACGGGAGCGGACAGGGAGCCCCGAGGGGCAUGGCAAAGACCAUGGUGAGAAGCUUGAGGCCCAGGGCUGGCUGGGCUGGGAGUGCUGGGGGCUUGACAAAGGAGGGGGGAUCUGGGGACAGUUUUUGGCUGAUUUCACACAGCUGUCCUUACUCUAUGCCCUGUGGAGUGACCAUUUCUACCCUCAACAUGUAGGUGCUGAUGAGACUGAGACUGGUGCUGAGCAGCCCAGGGACAGCCCAGUCCCCCCAGGCUGUGCUGAGGAGCUGGUGAGUGCAGGGCUGGAGCCUCCCCCUCAGGCCCAGGAACAGCUCCUGCUCUCGGAGCAGCUGCACCGUGUGCAGACCAUGGAGGAUGUGGAGAGUCUGGCCAAGGAGGAGCUUGUGGAAGAGCAGGAGAAGCUGGUAGCCCUGAGUGCAGGGAAGCGAGCACAGCAGCAGGAGAAAGGGAAAGCUGGGGAUAGACAUACCAAGAAAGCACCAGCCAAGAGGAAGAUAAUCAACUUGGAGGCUGUGCUGGAUGGGAAGCCCCAGGAGAUGGACUGCCCCAGCCUGCCUGUGGUCCUGGAGGAGGAGGAGGGCGGCAUCGAGCAGCGCGGGGUGAUCACGGAGGCCUUUGCUGGGGAUGACGUGGUCGCUGACUUCCGCCGGGAGAAGCGCAAGGCAGAGGAGGCGGUGAAGCCCCAGCCAGUGAACCUGGUGCUGCCAGGCUGGGGCGAGUGGGGCGGCACAGGCCUGAAACCCAGCACCAGGAAGGUGAAGAGGUUCCUGAUCAAGCCGCCGCCGGCGCCUCCACGGAAGGACCAGCACCUGCCCCACGUCAUCAUGAGCGAGAAGCGUAACAUCCACGCAGCUGCACAUCAGGUCAGCGAGCUGCCCUUCCCCUUUGAGCGGCACCAGCAGUUCGAGCAGAGCAUGCGGACGCCCGUGGGCCCCACGUGGAACACUCAGCGUGCCUUCCAGAAGCUGACAGCCCCUCGAGUCAUCACCCGCAUUGGCCACAUCAUCCAGCCCAUCUCGGCCGAGGAUGUCCCUGACACGGCCCCUGGCAGCGGGGCCAGGCUUGGGGGAGAGGCCAUGCCCCGGAGGAAUGCUGUGCCCGGGAAGAAGGCUUCCAGGGGGAAGGCUGUGCCCGGGAAGAAGGCUGUGUCCAUGGGGAAGGCUGUGCCCGGGCAGAAGGCUGUGUCCAGGGGGAAGGCUGUGUCUGGGAAGAAGGCUGUGUCCAGGGGGAAGGCUGUGCCCGGGAAGAAGGCACAGCCCUGACACUGCAGAGCACGGUAGCUCUGUGUCUGCAGCCAGGGGGCUCAAACUGGAGUGAGCAAAGGAACGAGGAGCAGCAGCUCCUGGUUCUGUCCAGUUCCUUCUACCUCUUUCUCUGCAAUAAAACCCAGGGCUGCCCUUCCUGUGCUGUCUGCAUGGCUGCCUUGGCAGUGUCCAGGGCUAGGCUGGGCCCUCCAUCCUGUCCCUGGGGUCCAUGCAGGGUCAGGUGCUUUGGCUGAGUUGAAAGUGAACUUGGUCAGGAUCUCAUAGUGGAGCAGGUCUAGGAGCGUGGUGAGGGACUGGAAUAGCUGCCAACAUCCUCUCCUUUUGUCUUUUACAUCCCCAUUUUUGUACCUAUAUAGAUCUUUAAAUCUUCUCCAAAGGGGCUUUCUCCCCACCUUGUCAGGCUGAGCCUGGCCUCGGGGGUGUUUCUCACAUCCACCUGCACUCAGCCCUAAUAAACCCAAUCACCUGGA